CUUAUCUUUGGAAAAAGAAAUCUUCUCAGGUGUAUUCUAUUCCACAAAGAUUUGGUUGGAUAUUCAAGUUGUCACUUCCUGUUUCACUUUAUGUGUGGGGAAUCUGUAUAAAUAGGACAGAAGCUGUCGGAGAAAAUCAGAUCAACCCACGGGUAGAGCACAGCUAGAUCACAGGUAGAUCACAGGUAGAUCACAGGUAGAUCACAGGUAGAUCACAAGUAGAUCACAGAAUGACACCACAGUUUCUGAUCCUCGCCUUGACCAUCGGCCUGGCCUGGUGUGGCCCCCUCACCAACAGAUGUCCCCAGCCAACAGAAGGCAUCCCUAACCCCUAUACUUUCCUGUACGGCAGCCCCGACGACUGCCAGACGUUCUUCAUGUGUAACCAUGGCAACCCUAUCCGUAUGUCAUGUCCAGCCACAACCACGUUCAGCGAGACUUACCAGACCUGCGUCAACAAGGACAGCCACUUCGACACUUGCACACGUGAGAACGCCAUCAGAGAAUGUUCUAGAGGAUCCACCCUCAUCCCUCACCCCACAGCCUGCCAGAGGUACUACAACUGCUCUGACAACACAACGAGGUCUAUCUUCAGCCGAUUCACUCAGUUUGAGAUGGAGUGCCCCUACCCUCAACUCUUUGACGUCACAGAGAGACGAUGCAAGCCUUACAGAGAGGCCUAUUGUGGCCCUGAAAGGGUUGCCGCUACCGACGCUUGUGACUACUACCGCAACAAGUGUGAUUUAUUAGCUCGGGGCUGUCGACCAUGUAGGGACUGGUUCCCUUCAUGCACUGGUCUGGCUGAUGGCAUCUAUGAAGAUCCCUUUCGUCGCUGGUCAUCACGCUACAUCCAGUGCGAGGAUGAGAGGGUUGAAAACAUGAACUGCCCCAACUAUCCCGUGGGAUACCCUGGCAUCUUCUCCCCCAUCAAGAAACAGUGCGUCUCUUUGUGGGAGGUUCCACGAACCAAUGGGGGUCUGGCACCCAGCUGUGACGGCAAGGCCGCAGGGAAGUACAAGACCGAGGAGAUUGACAGUGUCUACUUCACCUGCCCCAGCGGAGAUGUGUCUUACUGCCCCAACGGGAAGGUGUUCAAUGAGGCCACACAGCAAUGCCAAUAAUCCACGCUGAUUGCCUGGUUAACUGUACCUUUGACCAUACAAUCUAUGUAAUUUUUUUAAAUGUAAGUUGUUAAUUUCUCGUAUGAUAGGGUUUUAGUUUUAAGCUUUAAAUUCACUGAAACGUAACCUUUAAAAUAAAAAUAAAAAGCGAAAUCCAAAAAAAAAAAAAAAGUAAAGAAUUGAGUUACUCCACACCACGCGUAUCUAUCAGUUGUCUCAAAGUAGCAAACUAUUCAGAUCUGCACCCUCCUCUCUAUCUUAGCCCCUUAUCUGAGCCUAUGUCAACCACAUUUUUAAAAUGCAAGUUAAACAAUUUUAAUCUGUUAUAUUGUUGACAUUUUACAUUUAAAAGUUUAA